AUUCCUUAAACAAUAAUCUAAUAUGUAAAUCAUCUAAGUAAAUAGUACAUUAUCUGUUUAUUUUUUGUUAUUAUACUUAUUGGUUUUUUACUUCUUAUACACCUACUAAGAAGAUGUAUUUUUGCAUCCUGGGAUGAAAAUAACUUGGAAAAAGGGCCAUCACACCAUUUUAUAUCAAACAAUGUUGCCAAACUGAAAAAAUAUUAAAAGCCUAUGUUUCAAAAUACGGCAUGAACAGAUAAAAACAAACUCCUCGCUCGCUCGCGCUUGUAAUUCGCAGUCGCAGCUGUCACUGUAGCGGGAACUAAAACACUGAACAGAUAUUAUCUUUCCAAAAAUAAAAUCAUUAAAUCGAUGAAAAAUUAACUAAAGUAAAAUCAAUUUGGAAAAAUGUUUGAGUGGGCGUAUAGUGGAGCAAAUAAAGCGGUUCCUAGAAAUGUGGGUCCGGAAUGUGCUUAUUUCUUGUCCACGAAAAGACAAAUAAUCGAAACUGUAAUUGUAGUCACUAUUUGUGUAUAUAUUUCCAUAAAAACCUAUCCUAAAUUAUCCAUACCACAAGAUACAAAUUAUGUGAAGAAUGACAGAGGUGGAAAAAGAUUAUUAGUAAUACUUUUGGCUUUGCUUUGGGGCAUGGAGAUCGGUUUUAAAUUUGCGUCGCGAACCGUUAUAUAUUUGUUAAAUCCUUGUCAUGUAACUACACUGAUACAGAUCUAUUUAUUGGCAGCUCCGCCAAGCAAAACAGUUACUGGAUUAUUUCGUAUACACCUAAACUUGUUAAAUGGACCACUGUUAGCAUUUUUGUUUCCUGAAACAGCUUCAAGGAAGAUAUUUGCUGAAGCUGCUCUGUACUGGAUUCAACAUGGAAUGAUGUUUGUGAUACCUUACUACUUGCUGAGAAUUGGUGGCCCAUACAACAUAGAACCGUUUUGGGACUUCAAUUGGGCAAUAUUCAGCUAUUGUUUGAACCUGAUUUAUCACUUUGUGGUGCUACAAGUAAUAGCUAUACCUGCUCAAGUGAACCUUAAUCACAUGCUAUGUCCAGCUAUACUAGAUCCAUUUGAUGGGCCGUGGUUCAGAGUGGCAGCAGUGGUCCACCAGGCUCUGCUUUGUCCUUUGCUAUGUAAAAUAUUCUGUCUGGUCUCAGACUUCUGCCUUACAAAAUUCCCACCUACAAAAGUAAAGCCUCAAAUGAAGGAUUCUCUGCUGGACAGCAGUUUGAUCAAACAACCAAUUGACUACCACCACGAGGACUAGUAACAGCUGCAGUUGGUGCAUCUCCUCAGGGUAGGUAAGAACUAUAAUACAAAAUGCCUUUUGAGUUGGAGAACAAUAUUUCAUCGCGUCCAUUUGGUUUUGGUGGUUAAUAAAUUAAUAAGCUAAAUAAUAUUAUAGAUUAUAAACUUUUGCAAAGAUUUUUGUGAUGAUAUUUGUUGGUAUUAGAUCUGUAACUAUAUUAUAGACAUUGUUUAAAAUUAAAUCACGCCUUCAAUAUGUAUAAGUAUUUGGAUGUUGGGUUUAUGUAAUUAUGGCUAGAUGGCCUAAUAAAACAUGUGUGGGUCUUAUUCAUAUUGUCAAUUUUAUAGCGGUAUUUGAUUACUUUCCAAAUUGUUUUUGGUUUUAACAGUGCAAAAAUAAAUUAAUAAAUCUGAUAAAAAACAGUUUAAACCUUAAUCGUGAAUAAGACCCACCUUAAGUUUAUUGUUUGUGUGGGUUACAUUAAAACAAUAUUUUAUUAUGGUUAGGUUACCUAUAGUAUUAUCGUAUUAACGAACAUAGAUUAAUAAUUAUUACAAAUAAUUAACAUAGGUUACUAUUUAAAUUGCGAGAUGCACAGGUUUGGACCAGUUGAUAAUAUCUAAACCGAAAAUGUCAUUCUACAGUAAUUAAUGCGGCCUUUUUAAUGAUUGCCGAAUCAACCAUAGAGCGAUACUAUGGAUGGCGUUAAAUAUAUUCGCACUAAUUCCUGUCUCGCGGAAACGAACCCAAAAAAAAAGUGAUUUCUAGUCCCGAAGGAGUCGAAUAGCACGUACUAAUAUAAUGUAGGAAGGUUUGAUGAUAUAUGUACCAAGAAAUUUGGCGUAAAUAUUAACAAUAAUUAUUGUAGAUAAAUCAUACGCAACUGACCACUUAAUAUUCCUGUUUCUAAUUAAGUAUUUAAGUAAAACUAAUUAGGUACUUAGUAAGGGUUGAUGUUGAUAUUAUCAUAUCACCCUCUUUGACUCUAUUAGCUUGAAAGGCAGGCGAAUACUAUAACCGUGAGGUAGCCAGCGGGUAAGCGCCGACCUUGCAUUUCUUGCUCAAAGUGAAGUAGCUUAGUUGCAAAGCCUUUGCACUUUGAAGUUUAUUUCAAUAAUAGAUUAAAAUUGUAGUUACCUACACUUUUCACGAAUUGUAUUGAGUGCUUUAGUGCAUUGUGCACGUUUGCAUCCAAUUCUUAAAGAGUGGUUUGGCAAUUAGAAGGCCAAUAAAUGUACGAAAACAAGUAGUUUUCUUAUUAAAUAAAAUUUACCCGAUAGGGCGUGGAAACGAUAAGAUGAUCCUAUUGUAAUUGUCAAAGGAGCCAAUUCAAAAUCUUGUCAAUAGCUUUCUUGCCCCUAAAAGCCGAUUUCUUUGUUAUCUACGCAUUUACAUAAAUGCAAAAAUAUGGCCUAAAAGUAGACAACGACGAAAUGCAUAAGUAAUAAUAAAACCUAUUGCUGACUUUACUGGCUUUUUAUAAGAAUACAUCUAAUAUAUACAUCGUUUUAUUUCAAUGACUUAAUUUAUUUGACGACUAAUAAUAACAAGUAUCUACGUUAAUAGUUACCUAUACCUACUCUUUUAAUAUUUAUGUGGCCAUGGAUAAUAAAAUUGACGUGUGUAGUAUAUCUUGGUAUUUAAAAAAUACUGUUCUUUGUUUCAUUACUUUAAAAUGUGUAACAUCUUUAACUUAAAAGGUAAAGGGAGAUACGGUUGUGACUGUGAGUAAUAUGAAGAGUAAUGCCUUUAUACUGUGGUAGUAGGUACGGUACCUAAUUAUCUAGGUAAUUUUAGGAUGUUAUAACCAUUUGGAAUAAUUAUAAUAUUUAUUUAAUCUAAACUUGGUCACAUACCAAAGCCAAACUAUGCGAUGCCUGCGCUAACUAAUAACGUUGCGUGUUCUUUUUGGAGGUAGGUAACUUAGAUAUUUUCGUGUCUGCUAUAAGAAAAAGUAAAAUACAAUCAGUAACUAACAGCUAAACCCAAAUUAAAUUUACUUAUUAAUAAUCUCUAUACUCUACUACACUCGAGUCUCUCUAGACUCAACUUGUAGUGAAGUCAUAGAAUAUUAUUAAUGCGAAUUUGCUUCCGAAUUUUCCGUAUUGAUUUGACUUGCAAAUGUUUAAAAUGUAUGAGAUAAUAAAUUAUUUAAUUAUCAUCUUAUAAAUGAACGAUAAUGCGAUAAGUCUUCUCACUAUUGUUUGAUUGAAGGUAUGUUAAUACUUAAAUGUUUACCUUAUAUUAUGUUAGUAAUGAACGUGGACUUUACCAUUUACGUCAGACUAUUGUUUAAGUACCAACCUAAUAAAUCGUAUGCCAUUUGGUACAAAAUUAUUUUAAUGGAAAGAAAAGCCUAUUUUUAAUCAUAAUUUUGAAUGUGAGACUAGUCAGAGAAAUAUGCAAUAAUAGUAGUCAAACCAUGUUCCUUGCUACUAAGCAGAACCUUGUAUUAGUUCUUUGUAACCCAAUACCUACUAGGUUAAUUAUAAAAUAGUUAUGCUUUUACCUCACGCAUCGAUUUCUCGUUUUAUCGAUUGCUUUGUCCUUGACCUUAAAAAAAGUCGUUAUAUCCUACACCUUUCAUGGUUAUUUAUCUUUAUCUGUACCUAGUUACAAAUUAUACUUAGUCAAUUAGAAUGUUUGCUGAAACCUUUUAAAUACUUAUAUUUAAAAAGUGUUCACAUUCUAAAUAGUUUUUAUGGGUGUAAUAUAAAUCGUCUCAGAAAUCGACUAGCUGUGAGUGAUAAUGUGCUAGAUCUCGUAGAUUUUGUCUCCGUAACAUUUUCCUAGUAAAUUAAAUCAGACCGUGACGUUAUGUAAAUCGUAUUACAAGCUCAUUAAAAAGUACAUUCCAAUAUUUUUGUUUAGAUGGCUCGAUGGGUGCCCUCUUAUUUACUAAUGGAAAUUUAACUUAUAUUAUUUAAAAAUAUUUUGUUUAUAGUUAAUCCUACUUUGUAGUACUGAAAAAAUUCAGCUUCUGCGAAAUGAGGAACAUAUCUCACGUACGUAAAAUUACAAUUAUACCAUAUUAAUAUGAAAUAAAAUCUCCUCCCUUAGUUAUUAAUCCGCAUCAGUACAAACAUAUUUUUGAUACCUAAAUACCUACUACUCUUUAACGUAUAUCGCGCUUUCCCAUAUCUUCCUCAGCUCCACCUAGUGUGAUGUUUUGACUUUUCGAAUGUUUUCUCCCGUUGAAAGCGAUUUUUCCAAGUUGGAAAUAUUGAAUUUAUUUAUCAUCGUGGAACGUCAACUUUGGCUCUUAGAACAAAAUUAGAUGGAACUGUAAUACUUGUGUAUACGUAGCUCUAAUCAAUACGUCCCAAAUGUUUCAUUAUUUGUACGUAUACCAUUGAUACAUACUUUAGCUGUGAAAAAGGUAAUGAUACAUUAUUUUUAGUUAAGAGGAAAGAACAUCAAUAGGGUAUUUGACAAAAAAUAUCAUAAAAAAUCUGUCUGUCAGGCAGAAUUCCAAAAAAUAUUGGAUACGUUUUUCUUCUCUAUCUCGUAAACGAAAAAUGAAGGAAAUACAGUGAUUUAAAAUCUCGUGUGACGUUACUUCCCAGUAAGCAUUUUACUAGCAAGUGAUGGUUUAAUUUAUGCAUAUUAGAUUUAGUUAAAUACCCUAUUAACCUAGAUCUGUCUGUGUGAUCUCUAAGAUUAUCAAAUACCUAGUGUAUUUGAUAAUUUGCCGGUGUCGUUAAACUCUAUAAGGAAGGAAAUUUGAUUGAACUCUUAGGUUAGUCAAAUUCCGGUAUGGAGUCGAUUAAAAAUUACUACGAGUGACUUGUUGUAUCUGUUACGUUAUGAGACCCGAUUAUUUAAUUAAAACUGCCUAAAUAUUGAACCACAUUUAAUCAAAUAUCGAAUUCAUUUUCAGACGAAAAUAUAAAAACAUUUAUGUGACGUAAUCAUUUUGUUUAUGUAUAUUGUGAUUUAGAUCUAUGUAUAUUUUGAG